AUGGAAGAAAGCGCCCUUCCACGCGGGUUCAAACGCCGCGCGUCCAAGGCCUGUCUUAGCUGCCGCGCGCGUAAGGUACGGUGCGAUGUCAACGACCGCAUGCCGUGUACCAACUGUCGACUGGACGGCGUCGAGUGCAAAGUGGCCGAGAGCCUGCGUCAACGCAAACGUCGUGUUGAGCCGCAACGGGCGCGGCGGGCCACUCCAGAGCCUUCGGUCGAGGAAGACCAGUCGCCGCCCCAGUUCGCCAUCUUCGACGACAUUCCUGGUCUUCAGUGCAUCACGCCGUUGCCCAGCGUGCCCAAUACCGGCUCCCGCUGCGAUGCUGCCGGUUGCCGGCGUGACAGUGCCCGCUCGAGAGAUCAAGAUGCUUCGUUAGACGGCGUGUCCCAAUUGAAGGGAAGCGACAAAGACGACACCAAUGCCGACACUAUAUCCGUCGGGGCCAGGAGUACUCAUGCUCAGCUGCCCCUGUCUCCGCCGUCCCAAAGCUCGCCCACCACGACUUUUGGCCAGCGGCGGGUGAGCCUGAGCCAGGACGUUGCCCUUUCCCUGCCCCGGUUUAUCCGCAAGAUCCCUACCCGGCUGGCCGCCGAGGACGUUGAGUAUCUGCAGCGAAAAGGCGCCUUCGUCAUCCCGGACACGGCUCUACGCAACGAACUGCUACGGUGCUAUGUGCAGUUCGUCCACCCGUACAUGCCGGUGCUCGACCUGCAAGACUUUCUAUCCGCCAUUGAGCAGAAUGAACCUGCCAAUGCGGUCAGCCUGAUGCUCUUCCAGGCCGUCAUGUUCGCCGCCACCCCCUACGUGGCCGCGAGGACGUUGGCCGCCCACGGCUACAGCAAUCGCCGCAUGGCCCGGAGAAGCUUCUACCUGCGCAUCAAGUCACUCUGCGACAUGGAUUACGAAGUGGACCGCGUCACCAUCAUCCAAAGCAGUCUGUUGAUGACGUACUGGAACGAAACCCCCGACGACCCCAAGGAUGUGUGGUACUGGCUGGGUGUGGCGGUGUCGUUGUCCAAGGCCAUCGGUUUGAACUACGACCCAUCCCCGUUCCCGCCGCACAACAUCCAGAAACGGCGGCUGUGGAAGCGGAUCUGGUGGUCGUGCUAUAUGCGAGACCGACUGGUCUCGCUGGCCUUCCGGCGGCCCUCACGGAUCAGCCAGAACACGUUCGACCAGCCCAUGCUGGAGCUGUCGGAUUUCGAGACCAAGCCUCUGUCCGGCGAAGUGAGCAGGAUGCUCGGCCCUCCCUGUCCCACCAUCAGCAACGAAGCGGUGCGCAUAUCCUUGGCCCAACUGUGUCUCGGGAUGGCCAGUCUGUGCGUCUGUUUGACCCCGAUCCUCGAGAUGCAGUGCAGCACACCCGGGAUCAGUUCGAUCCAAGCGCGCAAUCACAAGACGAACACCACCCCAGCCCCUGCCCAGGCGGUGCCGGAUCCCUGCGACAUGCUACAAUGCGACAAAGACCUGCGCAAGUGGUAUCGAGCGCACGCCCAAGAGCUGUGCUGCUUCGGCGGCAUGUCUUCUGGGACGUCGCCGGACGACAGCUGCGACGUGCUGGAUCUCCACCGCGCGGUGCUGAAGGCGGUGUAUCUGACCUCGAUCAGCACCUUGCACCGACCGCAGAUUCUGUCCAUGGCCACGCACUCGACGGAUCCCGAGAUCCGAGACCUGUCGCGCCGAAAGACGCGCGAGGCUGCCAAUGACCUGACCAUCCUGUUCACGAACCUGUACGCACACGGCCUGGUGCGCUUCUUGCCCAACACCGGCGUCACCUGUGUUCUGCACGCCGCCAUUGUGCAUAUCCUGGACCAGACCGUGGGCGAUCCGGACCUCAAGCAGACCAGCACCCGCAAGUUCGCGCUGUGCAUGCAGGCCCUGGAGCAGCUCGGUGACAUGUACGCGUCCGGCGCGUUUGCCUGCUCGUUCUUGACCGCUGCGGCCAACAAGGUGUCGUCGCGGGCCGGCUCGACGGAGGCCAUGGUGGGCCUGAACGAACGCCUGCCCGACGUGCAAGUCAGUGACGGCAGGGGAGCGCCUUUGCAGUUCGAGUACCAGUUCAAUGUCCCACCGUCGACGUCUGGGGCCGUUCAGGCUGGGGGUGUAGGGCCAGGCCCCGCGCGAACUCGAGCCUUGGGGUCUGCCGCGAUCAUCUCGUCGUCAGAAGACAGCAGGAAGUCGUGCCGCCCAGACCCAGCCGUGCGUGCCAGUGACGCCCCGCUCGUGGUCAGUGGCGAUACUGAUGGCGAUGGCGAUGUAGUCUCCACCUGGCGACGAUACCAGGGCGUUGCCGAGCCAGGCUUUCACGGCAACGGCAAUAAAGCUGUCGAGUUCAACCGAGAACCGCCGCGUGUGACCGGCCGACCGGGAGUGGGAGCUUCAGCGGGCGACGAAAUGCAGCUGGACCUAGAUUCGUUCCUCGACAUGGAAGGUUGCGCCGAUUUCUUCAAGCUGUCCGACGAGUUGGGCGUUGGGUUUGAUACGCAGUGGCUGGAUGCUUUUGAUCCUCAGAUUGCUUGA